CUGCACACGCAGAGAUUAGCAUCGGAGUCGGUUGGGUUUAAAUCUUAAGAUUUGCUUCUUUGAUUGGCGAAAUGUUUAAAACAACCUGAUAGUUGGUUUAACGGGGUUACAGCUGCGAUCAGGUAGACAUGGAUUCGGUCGACCCACCUGGUUCGGCGAGUCAAGCCUGCCCGCCUCCGCUGAAACGGCAGGCUGUCAAGAGGCACCAUCACAAGCACAAUCUUAAACACAGAUACGAAUUUAAAGAGACCCUGGGAAAGGGGACAUACGGGAAGGUGAAGAAGGCAGUGGACAGGUCCGGCAGAAUGGUGGCCAUCAAGUCUAUCAGGAAGGAGAACAUCAAGGAUGAGCAAGACCUGAUGCACAUUAGGAGGGAGAUCGAGAUCAUGUCCUCCCUCAACCACCCCUACAUCAUCACCAUAUACGAAGUCUUCGAGAACAAGGAUAAGAUCGUGAUUGUGAUGGAGUAUGCAAGCAGAGGAGAUCUGUUUGAGUACAUCAGUGAGAGACAAAUCUCAGAGAGAGAAUCCAGGCAUUUCUUCAGACAGAUCGUGUCAGCUGUGCACUACUGCCACCGGAAUGGGAUUGUGCACCGUGACCUGAAGCUAGAGAACAUCCUGUUGGAUUCUAACAAGGAUGUGAAGAUUGCCGACUUCGGCCUGUCUAACCUGUUCCGCCGGGGCGAGUACCUGCAAACAUACUGUGGCAGCCCAUUGUAUGCCUCACCUGAGAUUGUGAACGGGAGGCCGUACAAGGGCCCUGAAGUGGACAGCUGGUCGCUGGGUGUUCUCCUCUACACUCUAGUGCAUGGAACCAUGCCUUUUGAUGGACUCGACUACAAGAGCCUGGUCCGGCAGAUCAGCACCGGAGACUACCACAAACCCGCCAAACCAUCAGAUGCAUGUGGUCUGAUCCGCUGGAUGUUAAUGGUAAAUCCUGAGCGUAGGGCGACACUAGAGGAGAUCGCCAGCCACUGGUGGCUCAACUGGGGCUACCAGCAACCUCUGCUGGCUGAGAGCAAAAAAGCAGCAGUAGCAGAAAUGUCGCAGGUCACCGGAACAGCCACAGCACCUCAGAUGGGUGGCUCGACCCGCAUUGCAGACUGGCUACGAAGGACCUCUCGGCCUCUACUACAGAGUGGUUCCAAGAUGCGCUGCUUACUGCGGCCAGCAGGGAGCGCCGGAGGAGACGUGGCGAUCACGAGGCAGCGCUCGAUCCGCAAAUCACGGAAAGAAAACGAUGUCUCGCAGAGCAUGCAGGAGAGCGCCGUUCUCCGUCCAUUUAAAGGGAUCCUGAAAAAACGUGGCAGCCUGAAGCAGAAGCUGCCUGGUGAAGUCCAAGCUCCUCCUUUGGAGGAGAAAACAACAAAUACUGUUGGGGCUCCACCUCCACUCCCUCGUAAGGGCAUUCUGAAGAAGCCAGUGGAGAGGGAGUCGGGGUAUUACUCGUCGUCUGCUGAGAGCAGUGGCCCUGCCCACACGCCUCAGCACAGAGCAUGCCCCUCGAUGCUACCUCGACAGAAGGGCAUCCUCAAACGCCAUGGCAAGUUUUCCUCUUCUGGCCUGCAAGAGUUCGGCUCCCUGGACCAGCUGGCAGCCUCCCUGCCACCAGGGAGCAGCAGAUCCAGGCCUAGGGCAAUCAGCGAGGACAGUAUUCUUUCCUCAGAAUCGUUCGAUCGGUUAGACCUGCCCGAUCGUCACCACCCUGCGGCAAUGGUGCAGCAUCCAGCAGGAGGUAGCACCAUGCGGGGUAGUGUGUCUGUUGACAACCUAAUGGACCUGAGGGAAGACAAGCCCACAGGUCCACGAAAGGGGUACUGGGACAUAGACAUGGACUGCUACCAGUCUGCGGUAGGGGGCAGCACCUUCUCCAUUCCAGACUGCAGAGAUGUGACUAAAGUCUACAAGCUGGUCUUGAAUGGAGCCUGCACUAGCUAAUAAUACACACAGGAACAAACUAGUUUAAAUGCAGCCAGGUUGUGUUGGCUAGGUCAGCUUUAGGUCCAUUUCAGGAUCUGUCAUGGGAAAAGGAAUAGUCACAAAGAGGAACUUAAAUCUUCAAUGCAUGUCUGCUUAGGGGGGGGAAAUGUUAUCUUUCAAGGGUGGUGCCAAAAGGGAAUAGUGCUAGUGGUAAGACCAGUAAAUAGUAAAGUACUGAGAGCAGCUAGACCUGCUCAGUAACAGUCUGCAUUUCUUGGGGAAGCAAUUUCCAUUUUAAAUAGCAUUUCCUGGAACCUUUAUAAACUUGGUUAGACUGUGGAAACUCUAAACGUGAAAACUCUACGUUGUUUUGUAAUGCUACUAUUGGAGGUACAGCUCUGAAAAGAACAUUAACCAAAGAUGCGCAAAAUUAAUGUUCGCUGUUGAAACGGCUCACUCUCACACUGCCAAAUGCAGAGUAACAUGGAGGAGACAAAGUCUAGCGUGAGUGAGGGACAUCUGUAGAUUGCAAACAGCAAAAUCAAGGGUCUGCAGGUCAGAGUCAGUGAUAAGGCACUGUUAUUUGCAGAAAACAAAUUUCAGUAUCCUGGUUAAUGUUUUACGUUUACACAGUCUGUAUCUCAGCCAAAAUACCAGACAUCUGUCGCUUUAUGAAUUUUGGCUCUGUUCCCUGAUAAGGACAAAUAGAUAAAUAAGUAGCCAGAGUAUGAAUUUUGAAGGUUUCCAAUGUGCUAGGUACAAUUUUGGUCUUAUAGGGCUCUCUCAAUUUUGCUUUAUUUACUGCUUUGGAAUAGUUUGGUAAGGAGAACUAAAAUAGAUAUUUAUGCAAUAACUUUUCAAGUUUUUUUUUUUCCUGUAGAAAAUCUCCCUUAAAGUCAUAAGUAAAUGAAUGUUGUUGUUUUUCCCCCUUGUAAAUUCCCUUACGUUUUGAAGUACUUGAGUAUAUUUCACAAACCAUGUGAAACCUGUACAGAAAAUAUUGUGAUGAAAGUCCCAAUGUGUUCAGUUCAUUACUACAUCAUGAUUUGGAGUGGACACUGUGAUCAUGUAAAGCUUUGGCCAAGCACAAAUGUAAUCAGUAUUGUUAAUGUUAAUUUCCCUGGCAUUCCUUCAAUUUCCUUGGCAUUCCAAAGAAAUAAAUUAGCUACACAAAUGCUCCCAAAUUUGUUCCACCUCAAGCCAUUUUUGUUUUUGCCAAAGAGCCUGACUUGAUCUGUAUUGUCUAACUGUGUUCAUC